AGCCAUCUAUUGAGAAUGUUGAGAACUCUGAUCCCACUGAUUGUUGCCGUCGUCGUGGUCCUGGCCUCGGCUGUUCCUCUGCUGGAAUUGGAGGGACGCGUGGUGGGUGGCGUGGACGCUACAACUGGUCAAUUUCCUCAUCAGAUCUCAUUGCGUUACUCGGGAUCCCAUAUUUGCGGUGGCUCGAUCAUAGCCCGCCAAUAUAUCCUGACAGCAGCUCAUUGCGUCACCAGCGAACUGGAGAAUGGCACAUUGAUUGUUACCCCGGCCAAUCUGUUGAGCAUACGUGCUGGUAGCUUGGAUCGCUUUGCUGGCGGCGUUAUUAGCCAAGUGAUUGAAGUCAAAGUCCAUGAGAAUUAUGGCAACUUUUUGAACGAUGUGGCUCUUAUGCUGCUGGAAAAGCCAUUGAUAUUUUCUUCUCAAAUUCAGGCCAUACCAUUGGCCAGUGUGAAUACACCCGAGGAUACGGAUAUCAUUAUUUCCGGAUGGGGUCGUUUGAAAACUGGUGGCGAUAUUCCACGCAUUCUGCAAUGGAACACACUGAGCUCGUUGUCCCAGCGCUCUUGCAUGACGUCCACAUUCAUGUUCACAUCGAGUCUUCUCUGCCUGGCCCACACAGAGGGCAAUGGGGCUUGCAAUGGAGAUUCGGGCGGUCCGGCCAUAUUGAAUGGCGAAAUUGUUGGCAUCGCUGGCUUCGUUAUGAGUGGCUGUGGCUCCAGUAAUCCCGAUGGAUAUGCCAAGGUCUUCUAUCAUCGUGACUGGAUCAUUGAGCAUGCAAAUUUGUAAAUUUCAUUGUAGAAUUAAAAAAAAAAAGAAAGAAAAC